AUGCGUGGAUAUGAUUAUCAAGAUCCCAAAAUUAAACCAGUCUUGGAAGAAUUAAGGUACUGGACUAAUUCUUAUCCUUUAGAGUUAGAUAUAUGGCAUAGGACAAAAGGACUUGAUUUACAAGAAAAAUUUUCAAGCUAUAUGAAACGUCGAAAAAAUGAAAUAGAAACUCAACAUGUAAUGUUUCGAGCUAAUUUAACUAGGGAGAAAAAGAAUAAUCUCAAUAAAUGUAUUGUUACCAUGAUUCUCGAGGCCAGUAAGGCAAGUAACAUUAAAGAUGGCUUAGAUCGACAAUUUAUGCAUGAUGCAGAGAUUCCGAUCCUUAAUGAUCAAGGAAAUAGAAUUGAUAUGGUUAAAACAUAUGUUGCUAUCCAUCCUAUUGCUAAAAUGGCCAUCAGAAAUUCUUUUGACGAUAAAGGGUUUAAAAUUUUUAUUCAUGAUGUUGCAUCGUCGAUUUUCAUGGGUAAUUAUACAAACAAUGUCAAAAGAAGAUUUGUGGUGUUAUAUAUCACGACUCUAUUGGAAAGUCAAAAAGAAUUUGCAUUUGAGAUCAUAAAACCAGGAAAAAAACAAGUGUAUAAGAUAAAAAAUAAAACAUUGAACGUUGUCGAAAAAUUUGUUGGUAACAAUAUACCUCCCAAUAAUUUUAAUCUGAAACUCACUACCCUUUUCCUACCAAUGUCACCUAAUUAUUCUGGUGCAGACUUUCUUAUCUGGGAUUCUGAAGGAAAGAUUUUAUAUGCAUUUCAGAUUACUAUUAGUUCGCCUAAUGAUCAUAUGGAAAGUAAGAAAAAAUUUAUGACAGGAAGCUUGAUAGGUAAAUGGGUAUCCAUGUGUGAUAUAGUAAGAAAAGAUGUUAAAUUUGUUUGGAUUGCUCCUGAUAGUGUUCUUGAAAAUA